AUGACUCGGAUGAGAGGCUUCAAGAUUUGCUGUGGUGUGACGACAAUUUUCAUCAUCAUUCUCGCUGCUGUUUUCACAACCUUAGCACUUACAGUAUUCAAGCCUAAGAAUCCCAGUAUCAUAGCCAACCCUGUUGGUCUCGAGAACAUCCAAUUCGGUGGCUCUCCAAAUGUGACACUGAACGUCACCCUAGGCAUGGUUAUCACCAUUGACAAUCCUAAUUAUGGGAGCUUCAAGUUCACCAACAGCACAGCUUAUGUUGAUUACCAUGGAGUCAUUGUGGCAGAAGUUCCGAUUCAGGCAGACUUGAUCCCAGCACAUUCCAAGGUUAACAUCACUACUUCUGUUGAUCUUAUGGCCGAUGAGUUGAUAAAAAAUCCUUAUUUCUUGCAAGAUCUUAUAGCUGGGAGAUUUAAGUUCGUAUCGACAUCUUCUUUACAUGGAAAAGUGGAAGUGAUCAAAAUCUUGAAACUACAUGCAACGGCUUUAAGCACCUGCGACAUCACUCUUUUUGUUACUUCUCUGAGUAUUGACUCCUCUUGCAAGUCUGAAAUUAAGCUAUAG